GUCAAAUUUGUCAUGUCAUAUAAUAUGUUUGGUUUACAUGCUAAUUAUUUUUAGGUCAAUUCUUUAAAAUCAAAUUAUUAAAAUAAAUCUAUUACAAAAUUCAAUAUUAUAAUUGAGUAGUCAAAUUUAUGUGAUAUUUGUGAUGACUUCUUGUUGUGGUAAUGAAUUGAUUACUAAUUCAGCUUUAGGCGAGGUUUUUACCAGUAAUUUGCACCAAAUAGUUUAUUUAAUUCGCGUUAUUGGUGAUCAUUGGGCUAUUGUUUGUAUUUUAGUCAUUGCAGGUACAAUUUUGUUUCUAACUACUCAUAAAAAUAGUUUAGACAUUGCGACUGACUUUUGGGUGCCAUCAAUAUAUAGACCUCAGAUGAAAGCAAAAGUAACUCGACCAGCUUCGUAGAUUCCGUGAGAAACGCAAGUUACAUAAGGGCGAGCGUCGUCGCGACAGUCACAGCGGGAGGGGAGGCGGGUCCCGCGGGCCCUCCGGCCGAGGACGCCGCCAUGAAAGGCGUCGAAGCCACUCCAGAAGAACAGGAACGAUUAGCAACAGGAAACAACAAUGGAUCCCUUGACUGCAAGAUCCCAACAGCGCAACAGGUGCAACAGCGCUCCGCGUUCCACUCCACCAGAGUGUUCAUGCUGGUGUUUCUCUCGGGCUGGGUACUGCAGGGCAUGUUCCUUACAUAUUUCGUGAGCGUCACAACUACGAUAGAGAAGCUGUUUAAAAUGGAGUCGAAGACGACGGGAGUGUUGCUAGCGGCGACAGAGAUAGGACAGAUAUGUACAGCAUUGUUCUUGACAUACCUGGCGGGUCGAGGACAUAGGCCUCGAUGGAUCGCUUGCAUGAUGCUCAUAUUGGCAGUGGGAGUGAUCGGCUGUGUGGUGCCGCAUAUGCUGUACGGGACGCGGCUGUUGGAUGUGCAUUUGGAUGCGCAUAGAGCGGGUCCUGCGCCGGUGUGUUCUCAGUACGCGAACGCGACGAUCUGUGACGCGAGCCAGUUCAGGAGUACCGAGACGCGGUCAUCCAUAACGGCGGUGAUAAUCCCGUGGCUCUUCAUCUGUUUAUUGGUGGUCGGCGUGGGGCAGACCGGCAUCGCCACGCUCGGGAUACCCUACGUCGAUGACAACGUCGGCAGCAGGCAGUCCCCGCUUUAUAUGGCCAUAACCAUCGGCAUCCGUGUGAUUGGACCAGCCCUGGGUUUCCUCCUCGGCGCUCUCUGUACCAGGGUGUACGUGAACCCGCUACUGGACCCAGGCUACGAUUCUAGUGAUCCGAAAUGGGUUGGCGCCUGGUGGCUUGGCAUGGUGUUCAUAGCCGGGUUCAUCGUGAUCCUGUCCACUCUUAUGUUCUUCUUCCCGCGCCAGAUCAGGCAGGAGCCGCUGCCGCCGCCUCCGAAGAAACUCUCAGAGAAACGAGAACCCUUCUUCAAAGAUUUCUUCGCGACAAUAAAACGCCAGCUGACCAACGACAUCCUGAUGUGGCGGACAGCAAGCUCGGUCCUGCACCUGAUGCCGAUCAGCGGAGUCUACAGCUUCCUGCCCAAAUACCUGGAGAAGCAGUUCCGUCUGCCCACGCACGAUGCAAACCUUGUCUCGGGUCUUGGCGGUAUUCUUGUGAUGGGACUGGGCAUCAUCACCUCAGGAGUAGUUAUUCUUAAGCUGGUUCCUUCCGCGCGGCAGGUCGCCGCCUGGACCGCCGCCACUGCCGCCAUCUACAGCGCUGGCAUGGUGGUGCUAAUGUUCGUUAGUUGUCCAGAAGAAAACUUCAGGUUACUGGAGACGGGCAGUGUUAACUCCAGUCUAUCGUGCAGCAACAACUGUCACUGUGAAAACGUGUCGUUUAGUCCUGUGUGUGGACAGGACGCCCUCACGUACCUGUCGCCGUGCCAGGCGGGGUGCGCGGACAGCCGGCAGCUGGACAACAGCACGUGGAUAUACUACAACUGCAGCUGCAUCGACGACGGCGGCCGGGGGGAGAAGGCCAUGCACGCUGUAGAAAAAUACAAUCUGUACAACGAUCUGUCCGUGCUGGAAGGGUUUGCGGUGAGCGGCGAGUGCAGCGGCCCCUGUAACAAGAUAUACGCGUUUAUCGCGAUAUUUGCGGCGCUCAUGUUCGUGCACGCGAGCGGCGAAGUCGGCGCAGUCUUGCUCAUUAUACGGUGUACUGAUAAACAUGACAAAGCAAUGGCGAUGGGCGUGAUUCAGUUCGCGAUCGGUGUGUUCGGCAACGUGCCGUGCCCCAUCAUCUUCGGCGCUGCCGUGGACGCGGCCUGCCGCCUGCGCGACACCGCCUGCGGACUAUUCGCCGCGUGCGCCUCUUACGACAACCACAGCUUGAGACAUUUCUUCCUAGGUCUAUCGGCUGGCCUGAUGUUCCUGGCGUUCAUAAUGGACAUGCUGGUGUGGAGCAAGGCGGGCCGCAUCGACAUGAACCCCAGCGACGCGCCGCGCGCGCGUCUCCCGCGCGCGCCCGACACGCAGCUCUGACGGCACACGUAUGAGUCCCACUUCUGAAUACUGUACACUGUCUUGUGAAUCAUGUGAAUUGACAUCAAAAGUACCCCAACUCUUUGAUGAUGGAGAUUUUAGAAACAAUUGAACAUUAAUAGGAUCGCGUCAGGUCAGAGUU